AUGGACAGGCAUUCUCAGAUCGCAAGGCAGCAAUUUCAAGUACUUCUUGAAAGAGCGAAUAAACGCUUCGUGAAACUCCGGGAACUGCAAACACGUGGGGACUAUUCGUGGCCCGCCGCACAAUCGUUGUUUCACAAGGCGUUCGACUCAUUUUCACGCCUGUGGCAAUUUCAGCUUGGCAACAGAGCUGCCCUACUCGAGACGGGCCUUCAGCGCUCAGACCUGGGCGCCAUCGCCAAUAAAAUUGGCCAGCUGUACUACAACUACUAUCUGCGAUCCGGCGACACGGGAGCGCUGCUGGAGAGCUACACUUUCUACGAUGCCGUACACACCCGCCAGUACUUCACCACCGCCGCGGGGGCCGCCCCCGACCCCGCAGCGGCGGCCCGGCAGAUGCGCUUCUAUGCGCGGUUCGUGGUAGUGUGCCUCUUCCUUAACCGCCGGGAGGAGGCCAUGCAGCUGCUGCAGGAGCUGCAGGCUUCCGUAAGUUCGUACAUAUUGCAGUACUCCUCGCCGGAGGCCCAGGAGUGGCAGUUGGUGGUGAACGAGGUAUCCUCGCUGAUGGCUGCGGACCAGUUCGCAAUGCCACUGCCUAGGAGCCCGGGCAGCCUGGAGGUGUCGUACACACCUCCCUUGAGGUGCAGGUCCAACGACCCCGCGGCGACCUGUGCACCGCAUCGGCCGAGGCUGGCCGAGGCAAUCCUGGUGUCGUACCGUCCACGGCAGGUCAAGGUGGCUGAGCUGCCCCUGGAGCUCUACAGGAUGUCCCAGGCGCUGGAGUGGCAGCAGGAGCAGGAGCAACAGCACCGGGGAGAGGAUCCCCCUCGGCAAGGAGGGGGGUUUGUCACGGAGGUGGCGGGAGCCCGGGGCUACCCCGACCACCACCACCACCACCAGCAGCAGCAGCAGGGGCUUCCCCCCUCCAGUGACAACCCCGGCGUGGCGGUGGUGUCCCCCGGGCUGCCAUCCCCCACGUCCCAGCUGGUGCCGCCGGCUGAGGACGGCUUCGCACAGCCGCCGUCGCCGCCACAGCCGCCAGCGGAGGGCCCGGGGGAUGGAGGCGCUGGGAUUGACGAAGCCUCGCAGGCUGUAGCAGCUGAAGCUGCCUCAGUUAGUCAGCACCAGCAGCAGCAGCAGCAACAGCCCUUAUCGGGUCCCAGCAGCCGGUGUUCAUCGGCCCCCGCGCCCGGGGCCCCCGCCGGCCGCAACCCGCACCGGCAGCUGCUGCACCGCCCCACCGCCCAGCAUCUGCUGUCCGCGUUGCUGGCUGUGACGGCGGGGCUGGAGCAGGCCGCUGCCGGCGACCAGUUCGUGCUGCUGUACAUUUCGGCGGACGCUGCGCCCGCUCCGCUGCUUACGCAAAGCUCCGCCGGGGCCAAGGCCGAUGCCGUCAGUGCUGUACAUGCCGUACAGCGAUGUACAGGAGCCGAGGAAGCUGCAGGUGGCCCUGGGCAAGUGGCCACGGAGGCGAUGGGGCCGGUGGCGCGGGCCGCUACCUUCCCCUUGCGACAGCUACUGCUCUGUCCGCCUGCGCACCCCGCACACCGCUCCCGCCACAGCCACCAGUUCCAGCAGCUCGCGCCGCCCCAGCCCCAGUCCCAGCCCCACCACCAGCCUGAGGCCCCGAGCGAGGCCCUGGUCCCCGGCGGCCCGGCUCCAGGGCCCGCACCCCUGAAGCAGCCUCCUCGGCCACAUGCAGGUGUCGACAGCCCUGCGGGCGGCGGCAGUGCUACGGGUGCGGCUAUUGCCUCGGCCGCUGACGGUCUGUUGUCCCCCGGGGAGCUGCUGGCGGGCACCCGGCGGCUGCUGCUGCUGGUGCUGGACUCGGAUAUGGGGCCGGAGUUUGGACAGCUGCAGGGUAGUGAGCGGGGAUUCCCGCUGCUGUGCCUCGCGGCCCCCCCCUGGCAAGUCCUCACGCAGCCAGCAGCAAACCCUAGGACCGCCCUCUCUACCGCCACCGCCACCACCACCGCCGCUACCGGUGCCGGUGCCGGUGCCGGCCCCGCGAGCCCGGUGGACCCUGGUCGCUACGGCUCCCUCACCGCCAUGGCCCUCUCAUGUCCCGCACAAGCCCUGUGCGCGCUGGUGGGGCAGGCGGACCCGCAACCCCAGGUGCUACAGCAGCUGCAGAUGCUGCUGGACGACACGUUUUUGCAGCUGGGGCGCGAAAUGGCGGAACAGCUGGCGGCCGCGUCGCCACGUACUGGAUCCAGCCCCUCCGCCGCGGUUACCGCUUCGUCCUAUCCCGGCAGCGUCACCGCGGCCUCCUCGACUUCCCCCCCUGCUUUUGCUGUCUGGGCGCCCGUGUUCGAGGACUGCCUUACGCGCCGGCUGCUGCUGCACUUUGCCUUUUACAGCCCCCUCCUUUCGAACGGAUGUGUGUCAACGGCGGCGCAGAUAGCGCCUCCGUAUCCAUAUCCAUACUCGCAGCAGACGACCACCUUCCGCUCCCCUGUAAUUGUGGUGGUGGCGGUGGGCGUUCCCAUCGACUGUUGGGAGGUGGUGUGGAAGUUCAACCUGGUCCUUCUUGCUGCGGCUCUGUGUGCGAGCAGCCGGCCGGGCGCUUCGCGAUCCGGUUCUUUACUUCUGGAAGGUUAA